GUAAAACCUUCUCGUGGGCCCCAAUUGAUUUUUGAAUAUAAAACCUUGUCGAGGGUCCCAACUGUAUUUUUUAAGAAUGUAAAACCUUGUCGGGAGUCCCACCUGUCUUUUGUAAAAAUGUGAAACCUUGGGGGUCGCAACUGUUUUUUUUUAAUAGUAAAACCCAGGGGCGGCUGGUGCCGGGGGGCACAAGAGCACGUGCCCCCCCAAAAUUACAACGUCCACAAACACACUGGACAUAGCAAAAUAGUAAUUUUCAAUAUUUAAAAAAUUAUCCGGAAAUUUGUGUCAUAAUUAUCAAAACUAAUUUUUUUAUCUCGCUCCACUUGUAUAAAAUGUAUCAAAACUUACUUCCACUUGCAUCUAAAGAUGUGCCUUGGAUAUAUGAUAUGUUAUUUCUGAUGAAAUGCUGAUAAAAGCCGAGCACAGAGACCGAAUGGACCGAAUCAUGACCGAUUUAGAUGUUUUGUUUACACCGGUGCAAUGGAAAGUACACGUCGUGGCCGCCUGAUAUGCGCCUGAUACAACUGGCUUGUGAGCCCAUUGCGAUCGUGCUCUGGAGGAUUGAGUUACUACUGCGGGUUUUAAUUUUCCUUCUGCGCGAACACGUAUGAUAAAUAUUCUUGGAUAAUCUUCUCGGUAAUACAGACAUUCGGAAACAACUACACACCGCUUAUAUUAAUAAUAUUCGGGCACAUAACGCAAGGGUCGACAAAAAUCGCCAUAUAUUACGCCGAUUGAUAAUGUGCAUACAAUUUUGUGGAGUGUUUGAAUUUGCUUUACGUGGACAUGACGAAAGUAGGGAAUCACAAAAUCCAGAUAUAUUUCGAGGUCUGAUUGAUUUUAUGGCUGAAUUCGACUUUAUCAGAUCAUUUGAAAGAAGCAACGGUUUUUAAAGGAACGCCUAAAACUGUCCAAAAUGAACUUUUAGAUGCCAUGAACACCGAAGGCAAAAAGUACCUCGAUAUUGGGGAGGACAUGAACGUCCCUGAUGACUUCACCCAGAGUGAAAUGCAGACAGGGAUGUGGUGGCGGCAUUUAGCGGCUGGAGGCAUCGCCGGGGCGGUUUCCCGGACCUGCACAGCCCCUCUAGACAGACUGAAAGUGUUCCUCCAGGUGCAGCCCUCCAAGCAGCGGAUCGGCGACUGCUUCAGCAUGAUGUUGCGCGAGGGCGGCGUGACGGGCUUCUGGCGCGGCAACGGCAUCAACGUGCUCAAGAUCGCCCCCGAGUCCGCCAUCAAGUUCGCCGCCUACGAGCAGAUCAAGCGACUGAUUAAGGGCGACUCGAAGGCGCCCCUCAGCAUUUACGAGAGGUUCUGUGCGGGGGCGUUCGCCGGCGGGAUCAGCCAGACCGCCAUUUACCCCCUGGAAGUAUUAAAAACUAGGUUAGCGCUGCGCAAGACCGGACAGUAUAAGGGCAUUAUGGACGCCGCCUUCAAGAUCUACCACUUCGAGGGGGUCGGCAGCUUCUACAGGGGUUACAUUCCAAACAUUUUGGGCAUCGUGCCGUACGCCGGCAUAGAUUUGGCUGUGUAUGAAACGUUGAAGAAGAAGUAUUUGAAGACUCAUUCCAACCUGGAGCAGCCCAGCUUUUGGAUGCUGCUGGCGUGCGGCAGCGUCUCGAGUACUUUAGGUCAAAUGUGUUCGUAUCCGUUGGCGUUGGUGCGGACGAGGUUGCAGGCGCAAGUGGUGCACCCGUCGGUAGACCCCGCAUCGGUGACGAUGAGCGGCGUCUUCAAAACGAUAUUGCGGAAAGAGGGCGUGUUCGGCCUCUACCGCGGCAUAACGCCCAACUUCAUCAAAGUGAUGCCCGCAGUCAGUAUAAGUUACGUCGUCUACGAGUACUCGAGUCGACUGCUCGGGGUGAACAUGACGUGAUGCAGGAGCAUUUUAGGAACAAAUUAUUUAUUAUUAAUUAUAAAAUUCCCUCUCAUUUUGUCUGGCUUGCGGGCAAAAGAUGUUUCUAGCAAUUUUUAUUGCAUAGUUUAUUUAUUUGUACAGGUUAUUACUGUAAGAAUACUUGAAUAGGCUUUAACAUGUUUGUUAAUGUCCGUUAAUUUAUUAACGAAAAACGAAGAUUUCAUCUCUUGACGCUCAUGUGGCUUCUUUGACACAUUUAUGUAAGUUUUAAAGUCUACACGUUCUCGAUGUUGUUAAAUUUACCAAAGAAGGCAUGAUUCUGUUAAUAAAUGACAAUUUUAAUAUUGAUACUGUGUAUUUUCCAUGAUUGAGAUUAAAAGGACGAUGUGAUGUACUUAAUAUUUUAAUAAAAUGGUAUUUAUUAUACCUCUGUAUUGUAAGUAUUUAUAUAAAAUUUAAAAUAAAAACUUGACUUCAGUUAGA